AUGGUUGCAUGGACAGACUUUGAGCGUGCCACAAUCAAGGACAUCUUCUCCAAGAUUGACUAUGAAGUCGUUGGCCCAGCAGCUAUUUCCAGGUGUCUGAUUGUGUACCCCUGGACUCAGAGGUAUUUCGCUGGCUUUGGAAACCUCUACAAUGCUGCUGCCAUCACAUCAAAUCCAAAAGUUGCUGCUCACGGAAAAGUCGUAAUGCAAGGUCUGGAAAAAGCUGUGAAGAACAUGGACAACAUCAAGGCCACAUUUACAGAGCUGAGCACGCUGCACUCUGAGAAACUGCAGGUGGACCCUGACAAUUUCAUGCUUCUGGGCGACUGCCUGGCCAUUGUGGUUGCUGCUCAGUUGGGUAAAGACUUCACUCCCGAGGUCCAUGCAGCUUUCCAGAAGUUCCUGGCAGUGGUGGUGUCCUCCCUGAGGAGGCAGUACUACUAGAGAGCUGCAGAGGACCAUCACAUGUUCUGU